AUGAAUACAACCGCAAAAAAGGGCCAUGGUACCGUCUAUCUCUCGCAAAAGCGCUUGGCCUUCGACACCGAAAGCCAGCCCCAGACACCCACCAAGGUCGCCGACGACCCACUCUGGGAUACACAUCCCGAGAACCCUCUCCCGAUACUCAUCAGGGCGCAUAACAACAAGUCUUCUAAGCGAAGUGGAACGGACAGGGACAUCAUACCCAGAACCAGCCUAUCAACGGUAGUGCAGCCAGAUCAGCUAGACGCCUUUUUUGUGCAAUACGCAGAGGUCUGUAAGGCUGGCAUGAGCGGAUUGAAGAAGAGAGAUAGGCGUGGAAAGAAGGACAGAAAGAAGAAGAAGAAGGGUGCGGUGGAAACGAAGGGAUGA